AUGCCAUGGUAAACAUUCGCAAAGCAUGUGGGAAUCGCGUUUACGCAUUCUCAUCCUUUUUCCCCUUUUUCCACGCUUCUUCUUGUUUUGCCCACUUUCCUUUAUUUUGCUCUACUAUCUACCGUCGAGCCCUCCCCCGGGGUCUUGCUUUUCCACUCUCAUCUGACGUGCAUGCUUGCUACUACACACCAAGGGUCCGUCUGCUUGACAUUGUCUACUUUUUCUUCUUUAUUUCUUAUUCUGGCGAGAAACCACGCGGGCGUUGUGAACGGUGAACGAGACAAGGGGCUAACCUUCCAAGUGGGCUCUGGACACAUGUACAGUGGCUGUUUUUUUCCUCUUCUAUUUGUUCUUAUGCUGCGUCGAUGGCACGAUGUGUGCGUAUGUGUGCACCUUUAUAUUACAGGUGGGGGACAUGGACUUGUUGAGGAGUGUUCGGUGCUGGCAGGCCGGACAUGUAUGUCGCUUGGUACUUUGUGGGGUUGCCAAGGGAGGGGUACUCAGCACUCAGUAUAAUUUUCCACGUACCAAAGACGGAUUAAUUCUUGUUUGCUUGAUCAAGAGCUAAAGUGGUAUACCACAUCGUCCAACACACCCAAGGAAUACAAGACAUGUAGAGUAUUAUAGCAUUAUCAAAAA